AUAAAAAGGAAAAAUCUCUCUGUAUCAAUUAUCAUCGUCUUCUUCGUCUUUUGCCGUUGACUUGUUUGAAUUUUCGCAAAUCCCUUUCUGUCUCGUGAUGUCCAACGACGAAGCCAUGUUAGUGGCACCACCACUACCACCACCUUUCGAUCCUACUAAGCCAUCAACACCUAUCUCCUUCCCUAUCAAAACUCUUCAAGACCUGAAGUCUCGCUCUUACUUCGAUUCCUUUCAUUAUCCCUUUAACCGCUCCUCCGUACCUCUCCGUCGGAACAUUGACGCCUUGCCGGAUCGAUCUAGGCUCUUGGUUUGUCACGACAUGAAAGGAGGUUACGUUGAUGAUAAGUGGGUACAAGGAUGUGGAAACAACGCCGGUUACGCCAUCUGGGAUUGGUAUUUGAUGGACGUUUUCGUUUACUUCUCACACUCGCUUGUGACUCUGCCUCCUCCUUGUUGGACCAACACUGCUCACAGACAUGGCGUCAAGGUAUUGGGGACUUUCAUCACAGAAUGGGACGAAGGAAAAGCUACGUGUAAAGAGUUGUCGGCGACAAAGGAGUCUGCGCAGAUGUAUGCAGAGCGUUUGGCUGAACUUGCUGCUGCUCUUGGCUUUGAUGGGUGGCUGAUAAAUAUAGAGAAUGUAAUAGAUGAAGUUCAAAUUCCAAAUUUGAUGGUUUUUGUAAGCCAUCUAACAAAAGUCAUGCAUUCAUCUGUACCUGGAGGUUUAGUUAUAUGGUAUGAUAGUGUCACUGUUGAUGGUCAGCUUGCUUGGCAAGAUCAGUUAACUGAGAAGAAUAAACCUUUCUUUGAUAUAUGCGAUGGAAUAUUCAUGAACUAUACAUGGAAGGAGAACUAUCCCAAAGCAUCAGCUGAAAUUUCCGGUGACAGAAAAUAUGAUGUCUACAUGGGAAUCGAUGUUUUUGGUCGGGGCACUUACGGUGGUGGACAAUGGACUGCAAAUGUUGCCCUUGAUUUGCUGAAGAGCAGUAAUGUAUCAGCUGCGAUAUUUGCUCCUGGAUGGGUCUACGAAACCGAGCAACCACCGGAUUUUUACACGGCACAAAAUAAAUGGUGGUCACUUGUUGAGAAGUCAUGGGGUAUAGUUCAAACAUAUCCGCAAGUCUUACCUUUCUACUCAGAUUUUAAUCCGGGCCUAGGUUCUCAUAUCUCUCUUGGAGGUCGGAAAUUAUCAGAAGCUCCCUGGUACAACAUUUCAUGCCAAAGUCUGCAGCCACUCCUAGAAUUCAAUGAAGGAAAGAAUUCAGAUAUCAUGCAAGUCACUGUUGAAGAACACAAAUAUGGUAGUGGUCGAGAAGCAUCUUAUAAUGGAGGAGGGAACGUCAGUUUCAGAGGAAAACUAAAGAGAAAUGCACAUUUCACAGCAAGACUCUUCAAACCUCAGCUUCAGCUCUCUGCUUCCCCAAUAUCAAUCUCCUUUUCUGUGAAGUCAGAUAAAAGAUCCGAGUUAAGCAUUCUGCUCCAUUUUUCAUCUCCUUCACAUGAGACAAAGUCCUUGCUUAUGGUGCCAAAUGAAUCCAUCAACAGAUUUGGUGACAUGUUCCUACCAUGUGUUCUCACAUCAAAACAGACCACAUCCGGUUGGACGGUGCAUGAAACAAACCUUGUUCUGGAUGGGCACACAUUGACUGAGAUCUCUGCCUUCUGCUCCAGACCAGAUGAUCUCACAGAAGAAACAAACACACUAGAGUAUUUUGCAUUGCUUGGACAUAUCUCCAUCAAGAGCCAGCAAAAAACCAAGCUUUUUCCUCUGGCGUCAUCAUGGGUUAUCGAGGCUCAUCACGUAAAGUUUGUAUUGGGUGGUUCUGGCUCCAAGACCUUAAGUUGUAAGCUAGAAUGGAGAUUGAAGCACCCUGAAGAAGAUUCUGUCUUUACAAAGUACAAUGUGUAUGCAGAGAAUCUGAGUUCGAGUGAUUAUAGACCAAGGAAGGUUAUGGAAGAACCAAGAAGCGAGAAAGUGUUUCUUGGAACAGCUCAUGUUGAUGCUUAUUAUGUCUCUGAUCUGGUCGUUGGAUCAGAUGCUAAGGGAGUCCGAUUCGUGGUUCAAACUUGUGGUGAAGAUGGUUCAUGGCAGGAGUUGGAUGCUUCCCCUAACCUUGUGGUUGAAGUAGAACGUCUGAGUUCAAAGCUUUGUUGUUGUGGGUUGAUUUGAGUUAUGGUUCAUUUCCGAACUUGCAAUUCCUGCGAUCUAAUAAGAGCAUUGAUGGUUUAGUCAGUGUCAAGUAUAUGAAGUAUGAACCAUACGAUAAUGAUUAUGAGGUUGAUGAUAAUAACUUUGAAAUAAAAUUUGAGCAAUAAGUUGGUUU